UAUUGGUUUGUAAUCGAUCUGUAGUCAGUCGGAUGGAUAUGUCUCAGCAUCCCUGCGAAGUAGUUCCCAGAGUAAAGGAGUAGAGAGAUCACCUUGAGCUUGGUCUCACUGUGACGGCAGUUACAUCGGUCCAAGCAGUAGCCCAGAGACGUAAGGAUUUCUACAGUUGCACCAUCAAACACCAUGCCUCAAACAAAGACUCAAGACAUGGGCUCUGCCUUCAUCCAGACACAGCAGCUUAAUGCUGCCAUGGCUGACACCUUCCUGGAACACAUGUGCCUGCUGGACAUCGACUCCGAGCCCACCACUGCACGCAACACUGGCAUCAUCUGCACCAUCGGGCCAGCCUCCCGGUCUGUGGAAAUGCUGAAGGAGAUGAUCAAAUCAGGAAUGAACAUCGCUCGCAUGAACUUCUCCCAUGGCUCGCAUGAGUACCAUGCAGAGACCAUCAAGAAUGUGCGUGAGGCAUGCGAGAGCUUCGAGCCUGGCAGUAUCCAGUACAGGCCUAUUGGUAUUGCCCUGGACACCAAGGGCCCAGAGAUCAGGACUGGCCUCAUCCAGGGAAGCGGUACAGCUGAGGUGGAGCUGAAGAAGGGCAACAUGAUCAAGAUCACUUUGGACGAUGCAAAUAUGGAGAACUGCGGCGAGGAGCUCCUCUGGCUCGACUACAAAAACAUCACCAAAGUGGUGGAAAUUGGCAGCAAGAUCUACAUUGAUGACGGACUCAUAUCUCUACAGGUCAAGGAGAUUGGUUCUGAUUUCCUCAUGUGCGAGAUUGAGAACGGAGGCACCCUGGGCAGCAAGAAGGGAGUGAACCUCCCCGGUGCUGCCGUGGAUCUGCCUGCUGUUUCAGAAAAGGACAUCAAAGACCUGCAGUUCGGUGUGGAGCACGGAGUCGACAUGGUCUUUGCCUCCUUCAUCCGCAAAGCAGCCGAUGUGCACGCUGUCAGAGCAGUGCUGGGAGAGAAAGGCAAAGACAUCAAGAUCAUCAGCAAACUUGAGAACCACGAGGGUGUGCGUAGAUUUGACGAGAUCAUGGAGGCCAGUGAUGGCAUCAUGGUUGCCCGUGGUGACCUGGGAAUUGAGAUCCCCACAGAAAAGGUCUUCCUAGCUCAGAAGAUGAUGAUUGGCCGCUGCAACAGAGCUGGCAAGCCAAUCACAUGCGCCACUCAGAUGUUGGAGAGCAUGAUCAAGAAGCCCAGACCCACACGUGCUGAGGGCAGCGACGUUGCCAACGCCGUGCUGGACGGAGCCGACUGCAUCAUGCUGAGCGGAGAGACUGCCAAGGGAGACUAUCCCCUGGAGGCAGUACGCACACAGCACAUGAUAGCACGGGAGGCCGAGGCGGCCAUCUUCCACAGGCAGCUGUUCGAGGAGCUGAGGAGACACUCCAAAGUGACCAGAGACCACUCUGAGGCUGUAGCUGUUGGCGCCGUCGAGUCAUCCUUCAAAUGCUGCGCUAGUGCCAUCAUUGUUCUCACCAAGACUGGGAGGUCCGCCCACCUGAUCUCCAGGUACAGGCCCCGGGCCCCCAUCCUGGCCGUGACCCGUAACGCCCAGACAGCUCGCCAAGCCCACCUGUACCGCGGCAUCUUCCCAGUCCUCUACACCAAGCCCGCCCACGAUGUUUGGGCAGAGGAUGUCGACAUGCGCGUCAACUUUGCCAUGGACGUGGGCAAGGCUAGAGGCUUCUUCAAAGUGGGAGAUGUUGUCAUCAUCUUGACCGGCUGGCGUCCAGGCUCCGGUUACACCAACACCAUGCGCGUGGUUCCAGUGGCUUGAACAGCCGACAGGGCUCCUCCGCUUCCUCCCUCCUUCAUAUAUCUGUCAUAGCUCUCCACCCCACAAUGCACUCCAGCUCAUAGCCCUUACUUAUCCAACACCUGGGCUGACAGAGUCAUCCUCUGAACAAUUUAGGCAAUAAGGCGGAAAGAAACUAAAAAUAUAAAGUAUAGCCCUCAUGGGAAAAAAAGAGCUGCUUUGGGUGGUAGUGGAGAGCUUGAUCCAUGCAAUUCCACUUUACUUCUCCAUUCCUUUCACAUCGAUUCUCUCAAUCAAACCAGUCUGCAGGGCCUCAGAUGUAAUACACCCCGACCAGAAACUGCUGUAUUUAUUCACUCCAAAAAAAAGUUGUGUGUUUAUUAAAAGUGAAGCAGUCUGAGAGUGAAUGCAUCCUGGUCCGUGUGCAUGCGCAUACUGGCUCUCGUUUAGGUGGGGCGGGCGGCGGGGCAGGCUGAGCUCGGCACAGAGCGCCUUGAGCACUGGCACAGCUUACUAAUCGCACUCCUCUUCCAAUAAAUCGAACAAACUUGUGGCAUCCUGAAAAGUCAAAGGGCUCCUCCCACAGCGCAGCCUCGCUUCCACCACUCCACCCAAACGGGUCCUUCUGUAGUGCUGUCUGUAUGAAGUGUCCUCUCUUAGUGCCAGCUUUCAUUGUAUUUACUUGUAAGUGUUGCACUCCUAAUCUACUCCACAAUGUUUCAUUCGAUAUUAUACUUGACUUUUGUGAGUGGUGAAGUUGUGUUUCUGGGCAUCCGAUACUACUUAUAUUUUGUCUGACUAUAGAGAAAUGUUAGUUUUGGAUGUCCGCUCCGGAGGUGUUUGAGCUAGUUACUGUAUUCGUGUUGUUAGAUGUGACAUAAAAGCCUUUACAUUUCUUUGCAUUUGGAUCAUAUCUAAGUUGGCACUUAUGAAUCAUGUGUGGUUCACUAAAGUUAACUGAUAUGAAUGAGCACUUUGAAGUUUUUUUUUUUCCACAGGGAUCUGAUGAGGGGGUGAAGCCCUGUCCCUGAUGGACAGAGCUCCACUGCUCGUCGUCUUCUCUCAUGUUAGUGAAUCACUGUAGCUGUCUUCAUAUGUCUAACAUGCUUUGGAUUGUACCGCUAGAGUGUAAGAACUAAAUGUAAAGGAUUAUUCUAAUUUUAGCUGGUGUACUGAGCUGUCCUUAAAGGCUGGAUUUCCAUCAAUAAAAGAGAUGAGCACUUAC